GUCUCAAUAUAGCAACUUCUCGCAGAAUAUGGGGUUAAAGGCAUUUUCAAAAUUACCAUGGUCACUUAACGUUACAACCACGGGUUACUUCACUAACGCUAAAAUGUCAGUUGAUGUAACCGUUACACAAACCGCACGAGUUGGUUGUCCCUCGUCUCUUUCCGUCGUUGUUAUGCUAUCGCGCAAGGCUGCGGACGUGCGAGUUGACAGGUUGAAGUUAAAAGCAGGAGACCAAGAACAAUGUCCACUAGUGUGCUGUGUGGUCGAGGCAGGUUGGUCCUAUAUAAGACGACUGGCCACCAAGCAUUAGGUGCUAUCCGUGUAUGCAGAACCAGAACCUUCUCUGCUGCAAGCUCAGAUGAGCCUUACAUAGCUGUAUCACCCAGAGACUCAGGACCCAGGACAGUGUGGCCUGAUGAGAACAUGGGACCUUUUGGACCUCAGGACCAGCGAUUUCAGUUACCGGGUAAUGCUGGGUUUGACUGCCACCUGGAGGGCAUGGAAGACCAGAAGAAGACUCCAGUUCACAGGACGGUGCCUGAUGUACUGACGGCCCCAAGCUGCAUUGAGAGACACCAGUUCAUUCUGGCCCAAUUUGUUAAUGAGUUCCAAGGAAACCUGGGUACUAUAGACACGAGAGUCCACAAAGCUGAGCAGUACUUUAAUCAGACGGACGCAGACUGCUCCAUAAAUUCCUGCCCUGAGCUGUUAAGGAAAGAUCUUGAGCUCAUGUUCCCCGCAGCGCCCACCACCUCCAUCACAGUUGUGACAGUCACACAGAGUAACAGUCAGAGGGAGGAGGCAGUAGACCAGGACAGAGACAAGCUGCUCCACAAAUUUGUAAGUGGAGCAAAGGAAAUGUGCUUCGCUCUGUGGACUGCAGGCUACUGGGCAGACUUUAUUGACCCAACAACAGGAGAACCUUUCUUUGCAUCUCCAUCAAGUCAAACCAAACUGCAGACAGAAGAGGAACUAAGAGAUUUGGGCUUCCACAUUGAAGUGUCAGGCUCCUGCACAGUUAUUCGCCACAUCCUCAGAGGAACGCCUUUGUUUGUGGGGACUGUUUUCACCAAUGCACCCACUCACAGUGCUGCUAUCGCAAGACUACAAGGACUUUCAAAUGUACUUGCUGAUGACGAAUAGGUUUUUCUAAAUAUUUCACAGAACUCAAUCCAAACAAGGCCUCUAUUUAUGUUUUGAAGAAGCUUGGAACGUAUAUAUGGUAUGUGGUAGUGUUGGCACAUGGUUGUAUCAGUGAAAGGUUGUGCAAAGUUUGUCUUACUCUAAAAAGGACUGGACUGAGACUCUAAUGUAGACCUUCAUGCUGUGCCUGAGUGACAGGAAACCAACCCAGCUUACCCUGCACUGCAUCCAGGGAGAAACACACAUACACUCAAUGCAGUGGCAAGGGUUCUGACUACAAAUAACAGACAUUUCAGCAUGUAAUAUCUGCUGUUUGAAAAGUUGCUAGACAAUGUUAACGCUUGAGGAUGACAUCACCUCUCUUUUAUUAAAGAUAUAGGUUUUUUGAACCAUAUAUUUUAAAUGGAAACCCUGCAUAUCAGGACAAUAAUAUUUAAUACUAACGGUCUUGUUUUUUCCUCUUCGUAUCUGUUGCACAUAAUCUAAAAAAAUAGGGAGACUUUUUCAGUUGAGGCAGUCCAAACUGCUGAAUAAAUAACUUGACUUCUCAUCAGGCUGCAGUGACACUGUCACCUGUAGCUGUGUGUGCUCCUUCACAGAAAUGUUUCCCACAUUUACAACCCCAGUCCUCGUACAUGGAUAACCAAAUUACUGUAAUUGAAAUGUAAUUUUCGUAAUGAAGUUACCAAUACUGAAACACAAAAUAAAAUAGUUUGAAGAUUCAAAAACAUCUAAAUAUUCUUUGUGAAAAAAAGACAAAAGUUUAACAAAAAUAUUUAAUACCUCAUCCAAACCCUUGCAACUUUUGUAACUAACACAGGUAAACGUGUGAUAUUGGGCUUUAUAAAUAAAAUGUACUUCUCUCUCUGACAUU